UAUCUGGACUUAUAAACCUUUAGUCACUUUUAUUUUCUGGACUUAUAAUUUUCUGUGCAUGAUUUUUGUAUCUGGACUUAUAAUCUCUGGACUUAUAACCCAGCAUCCGCAAGCAUUAAAGCUUUUCGAUGCAGCUUGACGAUCCACUAAAAAUGCAGCAAAAAUUAAAGCGAAAAGAAAGAUUAUAUACUUCAUCUUGUUCAAGCUUCAAUGCUGAUCACAAUGUUGAACGAGAAUUCAUAGGACUUGGAUGCAAGGAUGCAAAAAUUGCAUUGCGUUUUCAUGAGAGAAUAAAAUAACUCCACUGAAUGAUUGAGUUCCAGCAGCAGCAUUAGAUGAACUUCCGCUCAUUCCACCACCGAAUCCUGGAUAGCCAAAUCCACCAGGGAAUCCUCCUUGAUUGAAUGAUUGACUUGAUGCAGCAGCGUUGGCACUUGAGCCACUCAUUCCACCAAAUCCUAAUGGUUGGAUGGGCAUGAAUUGUGGAGCAGCGAAUGCAGCAACAAUCAAUGCGAAAAGAACGAUUAAGAAUUUCAU